CGAGAGUGGCGCUAGUAUAGUAAGCGCAGAGCUAUCGAAAUGGUGAAUAGCGGGUGAAGAUUUUGAUAUUUUUCGCUAGUUUAUAGGCGUAUGGUGGUGUGAAAAACUGUGAAAAUGGAUAACCAUGAGUCAGUGAAGAAGUCAAUCUUGACACCAGAAUUGUACUUUUUAAUCUCGAAAUUCCUCUCCGUGAGUCCUCUGCAGGACACUAAGAAGGUACAGGGAUGCCGUGGGGGGUGGUUGGAGUGCGUGAAAGUGCUAAAUUUGUCCUCUCUGUUGCAGGUCUUGGUGCAAGAAUUGGAACGCCAUAAGAUUCUGCCCAAGAGGAUUGACUGGACUGGCCAGGAGCACGACCAGACCUUUGCGGAAUUGGAGAAGAAAUAUUCACACAUUGGACCGAAUCAUUUGCUGGAUAUUUGUGCUCGCAUUGGACCGAUUUUGGACAAGGAAUUAUGUCCGAGUGUGCAGAACAUCCUGUCUCUGCUCGGCGCUGGGCGACAGAGUCUCCUGAGGACAUCAGAGACCAUCUCACGGCCGCGUGGCAUUCUGGAGUACUGCACGAGGCUGCACGGGAUGCCUCUGCCGGAUGCCAUCAACCGCAAGAACUCGUACAACAUCGUGCGCGUGCUGCACGGAAGGGAGCAAGCGGGUCCGAUCAUUCGGCGUCUGGCCAUUCAGCCGGAAUUCUAUGAGAAGCAAUCUCUCCUGCGACGCACACUCGGACAUUUGUCGGCCGUAUACUGCGUGCUGUUCGACAGGUCUGGCAAGUACAUCCUCACGGGCGCUGAUGAUCUACUGGUGAAGCUGUGGAGUGCCAUUGAUGGGCGAUUGCUGGCCACUUUCCGCGGUGCGUCGGCGGAGAUCACAGACAUCGCCAUCAACUUGGAUAACACACUCCUGGCGGCAGGAUCUCUGGACAGGAUACUGCGCGUGUGGGAUCUGCAGACCACAGCGCCAAUUGCCGUACUCACCAGCCACACGGGAAUGAUAACUUCGGUGAACUUCUGUCCGUCGCCACGCGGAGAUUUGCGCUAUUUGGUCACCACGAGCACUGAUGGCUCUGUGGCCUUCUGGCAAUUCACAAUUCAGCGCAGCAAGACGGCAUUCGCGCCCAAACCCAUUCAGUAUCACGAGAAGUUGCGUCCUGGACAGGCACAGAUGAUAUGCGCGGCAUUCUCGCCUGGCGGAAUGUUUCUGGCGGCCGGAUCUGCAGAUCACUAUGUGCGGGUGUAUCUUAUGUCGGAGGACGGGCCGAAGCGUAUCCUGGAGACAGAGUCACACAGUGACACAGUUGACUCCAUUCAGUGGGCGCACAAUGGCCUGAGAUUCAUUUCGGGCAGCAAGGAUGGAACGGCUCAUGUGUGGCACUUUGAAUCUCAGCAGUGGAAAUCGCUAAAGCUGAGCAUGACGGACAGACUGCCUUCGUGUCCCGAGCCAGAGGAUGACGGGAAGAAGAUAAAGGUGACAAUGGUGUCAUGGGAUUUCUCAGAUAAUUGGGUGAUGACGGCAGUGAAUGAUUUCACGAUCAAAGUGUGGCACGCGAAGACGGGAAAGCUGCAUAAAGUCCUGCGCGGACAUUCGGAUGAGUUGUACGUGCUGGAGAGUCAUCCGAAAGAUGCUCAUGUACUGCUCUCGGCUGGACAUGAUGGACAGAUCUUCCUCUGGGAUAUCUACAAGGGUGAAUCGAUCGCCAGCUUUGUGAAUCACAUCGAAGGACAGGGACAUGGUGGUGUCUUCGAUGCCAAAUGGUCACCGGAUGGCACGAUGAUUGCCGCCACGGAUUCUCAUGGGCACAUCCUGAUGUUUGGCUUCGGCUCUGGCCAUGAGAGACUCAAAAUUCUUCCCACUGAACUGUUCUUCCACACAGACUAUCGUCCUCUCGUGAGGGAUGUUCAUCACCAUGUCAUGGAUGAACAGACGCAAACAAUGCCGCAUCUCAUGCCACCGCCAUUCCUGGUGGAUGUGGAUGGGAAUCCUCACCAUCCGACGUUGCAGAGACUCGUGCCGGGCAGAGAGAAUUGCCCCACGGAUCAGCUGAUUCCCAACAUUGGUGUGGGCGGCGAUGGAGCAGUGGAAGUGAUGGGUGACGGCAUUCGGUCGGAUAUUGAUCGCCUGAUUGAGGCAUUGGCGAAUCGCCAGGGACCCGCGAAUCAGGAUCAGGCUGCGGAGGUGAACAAUGAGCGUGAGAAUGUGCAAGCCAACAAUCGGCCCAUGAACUCUCCGCGAGCGGCGUCCGUGGUGCUGAAUCGCGUGGGAUUGCGCCGGAGUGGAGAUGUGGAGGGUGUGCGUCAGAGCAGCGGUAAUUGGCAGAGAGACGGAGCCUUCAAGUUCAUGUCGCGCGUCUACAUUCGACCCAUGAAGUACUCGCAGCUGCAGACGCUGAAGCAGGGUGUCCACACGGCGGGAAUGCAGGAGUUGGACGCGUACAGGCGAGAGAUGAGACGUCGACCGCUGAUGAUCAACACCUCCAACUUGUCCACUUCUGUGUCAAAUCCACCGGGAAGGCCAAGAGGUCGCAAUACGCGUCGGGUUCAGCCGCCGCCGGCGUACAGGACGCGCGCCGUGAGAGAGCGCGAGCCGGUAAUUGUGGAGGAGGAGGAGGAAGAUGAUCCGGAUAACAUUGAAUCGGCCAGUAACUCGUCGGGUGAUAGCAGCGAUUCUACGGCUGUGGAGGAGGAUUUGGUGCUGGACGCGAGCAGUAGUUCGGAGACAGAGACCUCAGAUUACUCCGAUUGGAUUGCCGACCAGCCUGGACCGAAUCUCGUGCCGCCGAAGAGGUCCAAGCGGAAGCCCGUGGAGCGUCGAGCGUACUCGCCGGCGGCGAAUGAGGAUCAGAGUGAGCAGAGGAAGGGACGAAGGAAGAAGUUGCCAAUUCCCACGGAGAACGGAACGGAGAUACCAGAAUCCUUCCGUCCGCCUGAGUGGCUGUCCGAAGUGAUUCCGCGGAAAGCGCCGUACUAUCCGCAGAUGGGCGAUGAAGUGGUGUAUCUGCGGCAAGGGCAUCAGCGAUAUUUGGAUGCCGUGCGGGCGAAGAAAGUGUACAAGCUGAACAAUAACUGCGAACCGUGGCAGCAAAUUGAUCUGCGCGAUCACGAGAUGGUGAAGGUGAUUGGGAUAAAGUAUGAGAUUCGACCGCCGAGACUGUGCUGUCUGAAGCUGGGCAUCAUCAUGAAUGACGGCAGUCUCACGGGGAGCACGUUCACGAUCAAGUACCAUGACAUGCCGGAUGUGCUGGACUUCUUGGUGCUGCGACAGACAUUCGACACGGCCGUCUCGAGGAACUGGUGUCCGGGCGACAUCUUCCGCUGCAUGAUUGACGAUGGAUGGUGGAUUGGGCAGAUUGAGUCGCGCACAGCGCUGUCGAGUGACUUCCCCAAUUCCCUCUUCAUGUGCUUCAGGGUGCGCUGGGACAAUGGCGAGUACGAGUACAUGAGUCCGUGGGAUAUGGAGCCGGUGGAUGAGAAUCGCAUGCCGAACGAAAUUGGCGGAGCAAUUCCUGUUCUACCAGAGGAAUUGCGUGCGACGCUGUAUCAGCCCAAGGCGGAGGAGUGGCCUCGCGGCGAUCGUGAUGCGUCGUGUCGGAGAAUCAUUGCGGGCUUGGAGCAGGUGAUGGGACUGGCCAUUGCUGAUCUCUUCUUGGCGCCAGUGGAUCUCAACAUCUAUCCAGCUUAUGCUUUUGUGGUGGAAUAUCCAAUAGACUUGUCAACGAUCAAGGCGAGAUUUGAGAAUCACUUCUACCGGCGAAUCACUAGUGCACAAUUUGACGUGAGAUAUCUGGCAACGAAUGCUGAGAAGUUCAAUCAACCGCACAGCAAUAUUGUAAAGCACGCUCGCAUAAUCACAGAUCUCUGUUUGAGAAUUAUACGAGAUUUGAAUGAUAUCGACGUCGGGGCGGUUUAUCAUCAACUCAUGGACACUUACAUGUCAUCAGAUUCAGACACGGAGAAUCCAAGACCUUCAACCAGCUCUGCACCGACGCGUCCUGCCGGAGCCAGAAGAUCUCAGCGUCUUGGCGCUCCCACUGAUUGGCGAGCGGAUUGUCGGGAGUUGCUGGAGUUGAUUUGGCAGUGCGAUGAUUCAACACCCUUUCGGGAACCUGUUGAUAUCAUUGAACAUCCCGAUUACAGUCAAAUUGUCGACACACCAAUGGAUUUGAGGACAAUUCAAGAGGAUCUCCGUGGUGGCAAUUACCAGACACCGAUGGACUUUGUCAAAGACAUUCGUCUGAUCUUCCAGAAUUCGCGAAACUACAACACAAACAAGAGAUCAAGGAUCUACUCGAUGACACUGAGAUUGAGCACGCUGUUUGAGACGCACAUCAAGCAGAUUCUGUACAACUGGAAGGCGUCGAGGAGACGAAACAAUGCGAAGGACAAGAGAAACCAGCCUGCGGAUCCCAAUGAGCCGGGAACGUCGAAGAUGUUGACGAGGGCGACGAGCGGAGCGGCGGUCAGAAGGCAGGUGAACAGUUCCGAUGGCAGUGAUGACGAUGACGUGGACUUGAGUCAGUUGCGGAGGACGCGCAGCAAUGGCAGAGUGAUGAGGAGAGUGCCGACGGGAUUGUCGAAUGGUGUGUCGUCGGCGGCGAUGAAUGAACCCGUGCCAGGUCCAAGUUCGUCUGUGGCUGGACCGUCAAGGAGUCGAAGAGUGAAUACGAAUCACCUGAAUGGCGAUGAGGAGUCGUCUGAGUCGAGUAGCUCGAGCUCGAGUUCGAGUGAGAAUGACGAGGGAGACAGUGAUGAGAGUGCAGGAAUCCCACUGUCGGCGCUGGGCGUGAGCUCAAAGCAGCGCUCGAGUCAGAAGACGAAGAUUUAUGACUCGGAGGACAGCUACAAACCGAAUCGGCGGGGGAAGAAGAUGCGGAAGCAGGGUAAGAAGAGGAAGCGCAAGCAGAAGGCGUCGCCGCACAGUCAGACGGCGAGUCCGAAGAAGGGCGGACGUCCGAAGAGACCUAAGCCGUCGACGAGCCGUCGUGUGCCGUCGGAGGAGGAACAGAGCUUUGACGAGGGCAACAGUGUGGAUGAGGAGGAGCCGUUGCAGCCGCGGAAGAAGCCCCGAACGAAUGGUAGCACUCAGGUGGGCACGAGUUCGCACUUCACGCGGAGCAACAGGCGUCCACAGAGAUCGGUGGACGAGAGUGAAGACUCUGAGAUGUCGCCGAGGACGCAGCGGCGCCGCGGGAGGUACGAAUCUGACCACAGCUAUCAUUUGGAGUCGACCAGGCGCAGGCGGGGCGUUGUUCUCGAGUCGGACACAGACAACGAAGUGACCAGAUCAACGAGGAGCAGCAUCAAGAAGGCGCAGAGCGAGUGGCCGCGGGACGAUGAUGAGGAUUCUGAGGAAAUGGCUGAGGAGGAGGAAGAAGAUGAGGACGAUGUGAAUGUGGAGGAGGUGGAGGAAGAGGAAGUCACGGUGAGACGAUAUCGACGUCGAAGUGUGCGCGUGAGGCAAAGUGACUCGGACAAUAGUCACACUGAUCAGAAUCAGACCAGCAAUAGUCGCUCGUCGUACCGAUCUCUGAGGUCCAGACGAGGCAGAAUGAUACCGCAGGAGGACCCUGAUCAGGACAUUGACAGUGACGACCAGCCGCUGAGUCAGCAGAGCACGAUGGGCUCCAGUAGGACGCGAUCUUCGACACGAAUUCACACUGCAGAUUCAUCGUCAAUCAAUGGGUCAUCUUCGGGGAAUCCAACGUUGAAUCGCUUCAGGAGGAGAUUUGCCACCAGCACCACUACCAGGAAUCAAUCCACCGAAGUGUCGACUCAAUUGGCGAUGCCGCCGGCGCCACAUGAGAUUGACCACAAUUAUGGCGAACUCGGGAGGCGCAGGAGGCAGGUGACGAUGCUGUCCAGGCACCAGCGGAAUGCCGAUGAGUUGGAUCCGCAGCAGGAGAAUGACAAUGCCACCCAGCCAAUUCCAUCCGUGUCCAUGUCGCGCCUCCGCGUGAGGCCGAACGUGAAUGGCGAGGGCGGAAGCACGGUCUCGCGGGCGACUUCCACGGGCACAAUUAGGAGAACGAUGCGCGGCAGGAUGCGCCAGGAGGACACCACAACGGCGGGCGAUGAGACAGAUCCGGAGGACAACACACCACUGAUGUUCGUGGCGUCGUCAUCGAGAAGCACAAGGAGUGCAGCGCAGAGGGACAUUUCAGAUGAUGAGCCCUCGCCUGGGCCGUCGUACAGUCGCAGGACGAGGAAGCUGAGGCGCCUGCAGUACAAUGAGGACAGUGACUCGACGGAGGCGCCCAGCGUGAGGAUGCGCACGAAGAGGCGUCUCAUGAGCGACAUGAGCUACUCGCCCACGCGCCGGAACCACCACGCGGAGGAGGCGGAGAGCGACAGCGGCGGCGAUCAGACGGUCAGUAUUAGCAGUCGCGGGCGCAUCAGGAAGAUAACUGCCAAAGCGAGAGGCCUUUUCCGUGAAUAACAGGACAUGAUUGUGUGUUCGCUUGAGACGCCUUGAGUUCGGUUCCUCGUACUUCAGUUGCCGCUAAGAGAGAGAGAGUCAAUCUUCAUAAACGAAUUAUUAUAUGUAUUAAAGACUGACGUAUUUUCUGAGUUAUACCUAUAAUUUGAAAUACUGUAUACCUUAAAGAAUAUGAGGAAUAAUUAGUCCCCCCAUUACUAUUAACUUGAGUACAUGAAUAAAUACGAAGUUUGAACUAUUGUAAA